CGCGAAAAAAUGCCGAAAUAAAUGAAACGACGCGUGGACGAAAAUUUAAGCGGGUGCAAUAGAUUUGGAGAGAGACGUUUCCGCGCUGCGUUGUCAGGCGGGGUUGGUUCUUCGGUCGCAAAUUCCACCUCCCCUUAUUCCCGUCUUCUCAUUUCUCUCGAAGUUCCAUCGCUUUACGAGCGUUGUUAAACAAUUAUUCAAACAAUAAAGCUCACGAAAACGAAUGUAAUUUCACACGCCGGAGUAUUCGAAGCUUGUAAUCACAAAGUGAUAUGCUCAUGCGGUUCGCGUUUUAUUAUUAUCGGUAUAACCUUAAUGCCAAACGGAAAGCUCGCUGCUCCGAUUGUGCGAUAACUUCGCACGACCGCACGUCAACGUAUUUUAUAUGUGUCUCGGCUAAUUUAACAUUGAUAAUUCUCCGGUCGGGAGUGUACACGGGCGCGUUUAACGAAGUGACGAAGAAAUAUAACAGGAAAUUGCAUGAAAAGUUCGGACUCUCGAUUAUUGUAAUUCGUCUUAUUGUUUCCGGUGUUUCAUGGCAAUGAGAGUCACUCUCAGUUAGGUGUCCCCGACCCCCCGACGCACCAUUUUCGCCGCCACCGCUUCCAUAAACACUCUUUCCGCGACAAUGAAAAUACUCUAAUAACGUUUUUGUUUUUAUUGCGUACAAUAGUAAAAUCGUCUGACAUCGUUGUUUGAAAAUUCGAAAUACAAAUUAUUCAUGUCUCGAAAGUGCUGUGUCCUGUGUUUUAUCUUAUUACGAUAAAAACAAUACGAUUAUGAGAACAUAAUAUACGUUACAAUGAAAAAAACAACAAGGAUCACGAUUUGUUGUGCAAAUUAUUUAACGGAGCAGAAUAACGGCAUUCCGUGGUAGUGCUGAAAGAAAAUAAAGAAAUAAAAGAAAGAAAAACAGACUUAGAACCCAGGUACGAGUAACAGUCUCGAAUGGUAUUAUUAAGAAUGGAUCAAACGCAGGAAGUACGGCAGCUGGAGUUGCUGUGCAAGCAAUUGUACGAGUCUCAGGAUUCCGCGCAUCGAGCCGAAGCAGAAAAAGCUCUAGUUGGGUUCCAAAAUGCUCCUGACACGCUCACAAAAUGCCAAUUACUGCUGGACAGAGGAGAUUCCCCGUAUGCUCAAUUACUCGCAGCUACAACCCUCACUAAAUUGGUCACACGCUCCGCGCAAGGUCUCAGUUUGCAACAGCGACUUGAUAUUCGAAAUUAUGUACUCAAUUACCUAGCAACUCGACCGAAACUACCGAGUUUUGUGAUACAAGCAUUGGUUACUCUCUUUGCGAGGAUAACAAAAUUGGGCUGGUACGAUUCUGACAAGGACGAGUAUGUAUUCAGGAACGUGGUCAGCGACGUCUCAAAAUUCCUUCAGGGUUCAGUUGAGCACUGUAUGAUCGGUGUACAACUUUUGUCACAACUUACUUGUGAAAUAAAUCAAAUAUCGGAUGCAGAUGCAAACAGAUCGCCGACGAAGCACAGAAAAAUUGCGAUAAAUUUCAGAGAUACUCAACUCUUUGAAAUAUUUAGAUUGUCCUGUUCUUUACUAGGCACAGCCCGAGAAAAUUGUGACACAUUGAACUUCAGCGAUGAGUCGCAGCAUGGACUGAUGACACAAUUGUUGCGUCUUGCACAAAAUUGUCUAACGUUCGAUUUCAUUGGUUCAUCGCCUGAUGAGAGUUCAGACGAUUUAUUUACCGUUCAAAUUCCAACAAAUUGGAAGCCAGCAUUCCUCGACUUUUCGACAUUAAAGUUGUUCUUCGAUCUCUAUCACAGCUUACCGAACAAUCUUUCGUGUUUGGCGCUGUCCUGUCUCGUACAAUUGGCUGCAGUGAGACGAAGUCUUUUUACUAAUUCUGAAAGAGCCAAAUUUUUGACUCAUUUGGUUAACGGUGUGAAGCAUAUUCUAGAGAAUCCUCAGGGUUUGAGUGAGCCGGGAAAUUAUCACGAGUUUUGUCGGCUAUUGGCACGCCUCAAGAGCAAUUAUCAGCUCGGUGAAUUGGUCAUGGUUGAAAAUUAUCGCGAGACUAUACAAUUGAUUGCGAAAUUCACUGUGCAAAGUUUGCAAAUGUGGCAAUUUGCUCCUAACAGCGUUCACUAUCUUUUGAGCCUUUGGCAACGAAUGGUUGCCUCGGUUCCGUACAUCAAAGCCACCGAACCUCAUCUCCUCGAAACUUACACUCCAGAAGUUACAAAUGCUUAUAUCACUUCGAGAUUGGAAUCCGUUGCCGUCGUCGUCAGAGAGUGCUUGGAGGACCCUCUCGAUGAUCUCGGAAUGGUACAACAACAACUCGAACAACUGUCCGUUUUCGGAAGAUGCGAGUAUCAAAAAACUUGUACGUUACUUGUACAAUUGUUCGACCAGGCGGCGAGAACGUAUCAGGAACUGCUCGCCCAAACUACGACACCGGCUCAAUGCGUCGAAAUAACGAUACAAGAAGGACAACUUACGUGGCUCGUUUAUAUAAUCGGCAGCGCAAUUGGUGGCAGAGUUUCCUUCAACACGAACGAAGACCACGACACGAUGGACGGCGAACUAGUUUGUAGGGUAUUGCAGCUAAUGAACCUUACAGAUUCCCGAUUGUCUCAGGGUGGUUGUGAAAAACUCGAGCUCGCAAUGUUGAGCUUUUUCGAACAAUUUCGAAAAAUUUAUGUCAGUGAUCAAGUUCAAAAAAAUUCUAAAGUCUACAGAAGGCUCUCGGACGUACUCGGUCUUAACGACGAGUCUACCGUGCUCAGUCUCUUCAUACGAAAAAUCAUUACGAACCUCAAAUACUGGACUCGCAGUGAACAACUCAUCUCCAAAACACUUCAGCUUCUCACGGAUCUUUCCGUCGGGUAUAGCUGCGUCCGGAAGCUCGUGAAGCUCGAGGAAGUUCAAUUCAUGCUAAACAAUCAUACGAGCGAACAUUUUCCAUUUUUGGGAAACAAUGUGGCGGUUACCGAAAUGCGUUGCAGGUCAAUGUUUUACACUUCUCUGGGUAGAUUAUUGAUGGUCGAUCUUGGCGAGGAUGACGAAAGAUUUCACACUUUUAUGUUACCUCUUACCGCGGCUCUCGAGAGUCUCGGGCAAUUAAUGGGCGCUGCAGAUACUCCACUCUUCGCUGCUGAGGAAGCCAAAAAAGCUCUGAUCGGUCUUGCGCGGGAUCUUCGAGGUCUUGCUUAUGCCUUCCACACAAAAACUUCGUACAUGAUUCUCUUCGACUGGAUAUAUCCAAAUUAUACCAGAAUAUUUUUACAAGCAGUUGAAUUAUGGCAUCACGAGCCGCAAGUGACAACGCCCGUCCUAAAGCUAUUUGCCGAAUUAGUACAAAAUAGAAGUCAACGUUUACAGUUUGACCUAUCAUCGCCAAAUGGUAUCUUGCUCUUUCGCGAAGCCAGCAAACUCAUAUGUAGCUACGGUAAUCACAUUCUGAACGUUGAAGUGCCCAAGGACCAAAUAUAUCCGCUCAAGCUCAAAGGCAUAAGCAUAUGCUUUAGUAUGUUGAAAGCUGCUUUAUGCGGGAGCUACGUUAAUUUUGCGGUAUUCAGGUUGUAUGGAGAUGACGCCUUGGAUAAUGCACUAAACACUUUCGUCAAAUUACUCCUCAGCAUACCUCAAAGAGAUCUAUUGGACUAUCCAAAAUUAACAGCAACGUAUUACGUCCUGCUAGAGUGCCUGGCUCAGGAUCACAUGGCUUUUCUGUCGACCCUGGAACCCAGAGUUUUCUUGUACAUUCUGUCGAGUAUCAGCGAAGGCUUAACGGCUCUAGGUGCGCUAAAAGAUUCCUACACAGAUACUAUGGUUUGCACCGGAUGUUCCUCGACACUGGAUCAUAUUGUGACUUAUCUUUUCAAGCAAUUAUCUCACAAAGCUAGUGGAUAUCCAGGGAAAAAGAACGCAGUUGUUCCUGGCGAACGAGAACUAUUCCUACAAGUCCUGAAACAACAUCCGGAAAUACUGCAACAAACAUUGAGCACCGUUCUGAACGUCAUAUUGUUCGAAGAUUGUAGGAAUCAGUGGAGUAUGUCGCGGCCGUUGCUGGGCCUGAUUCUACUCAAUGAAGAUUAUUUCAAUCAACUGCGAGAGAACAUAAUUAGAAGUCAACCAGUCGAUAAACAAGCGGCUAUGGCUCAGUGGUUCGAAAAUCUUAUGGAUGGUAUCGAGGGUAAUUUGUUGACAAAGAAUAGAGACAGGUUCACUCAAAAUUUGUCGUUGUUCAGGAGGGACAUAAACGAUUCUCUGAAAGGGCCAAACAUGUCUGCCAAUUCCACAAGUGACAUGAUGACCUUGUAGUGCGGGAACGCUGCGUAUCACAGAUAACAGAUAUAAAUAUAAAUAAAUGAAUGAUCAGAAAAAUUAAAAUGGAAAAAAAACAAAGAGUAAAAAAGCCCCUCGAACUUUGCCUGCCGAUGAAAGCUGAGAAUGUCCGUAUGCGCGCUGAAGAAAUGUUUUUAAUAAUUGUGAAUUAUUGCACGGUUGUGAAUGACUAUUGUGAUGAUCAAGCAAGUGUGAAGAGAAAGAAAGAGAAAAAGAAGAGCGAGAGCGGUCACAUGAGCAUAGUCGAGCGUGAAAUGGCAUAAUAAUUAGAAAAAAAUCGAAUGCCGUUUUUUGAACACACGGACACACACCUUGCAUCAAUUUAAAAAGAACAAAAAAAAACACAAAUUUAAGUCAUAAUGAGAUUCCGUUGAAGGAUACCUCGUGCCGAUGUUGUAUACCGAUUUGUAUUUGUGAAAUCACGUUUUAUUUAAUCAUCAACAAUGUGUACUAGCUUAAAUGUGUGGGUGCAUGAAUGAGCGGAUCUAUGUGUACUGCGGCCUUAAAGAUUGUUUGUAACAGUACAUGACUGGGGGGUACGUUCGUGUGGGCACGUACUAAAAAACAAAAAAGAAAUUAAGUGACAGAGUGAUUAAAACGUGAUACAGAUUUAAAGAGAAGUGAAAAGAAAGGCGAUACACUCUCGUGUCCUUUUCUUUCGCAAACUCGAUCAAGCACACAGCGCAGUCGCGGCCAAAACGAACCGGAUAACAGAUCAAAAUAAAUUAACAAACAAUAAACAGCGGCUAAACGCGAUUACUGUUGCGAACUAAUGUGAAUUAUGUAAAUGAUGGAAAAUGUCAUUAAACGAUAUCACACAGGA